GAACACAUCAAGAGCCACUUUGUGUGGAACGAGAUGGAUCUCUUUUGGACGACUGUCUGCCUCCUCCCUAUCCUACUUGGUCACUUUAUCACGAUCUGGGGUAACUACUUCCGAGCCUCCUCCCAGUUCCAACAUUCCAUCUCGAAGGUCACCACUCCCGCUAGUGAAAAACAACGCAUCUCGAUCUGGGAACGCCAUGACUCUCGCUUCGGGUUUACAGUCAAAUUCUGGUGCCUCGCGUCCUUGAUCGUGGUCAUGAAUAUCUACUGGUUCGUCCUGACUACCGUCAUGAGCCGCGCCGACUACGUGAGCUCGUUCGGUGUUACGUUGGGCAACGUCCGCGCGAUUGCCUAUGGCGGUUCUCAGGCUCUUCUAUUGGAUACAUCCAUCAUCCUCUUCUUGGUCCUGCGCCGAUCCAUGCUCCAUGCUCUUGGCUUCACCUACCCAGAGAUCAUCCCACUUCACCGCUGGCUCGGUGUAGCUAUGUUCAUCUGGGCGACGAUUCAUGCUUUUUUCUACGGCGCAUACUAUAUCAUACAGGGCACCUUCUGGGCCAACAUUGCGUUCACUGACAAGACCAGAGGCACUCGUAACAUGCCUGGAGUGUUUGCUUGGUUCGGAAUCAUCGUUAUGGCCUUCUUCGCGCUGCCUCGAUUCCGUCGCUGGGUUUAUCCCGUCUUCCUCUACGUUCAUCGCGCGGGCACGUUUGUGUUCUUCAUUGGUCUUGUCAUGCACUACCCGUCCAUGAUGAUCUGGUACUACAUGCUCCCUGGCUUCAUUCUCUUCCUCCUCGAUCGCUUCGUGCCCAAGAUCAUCCAGGCGCGUUCAAUCGACCCUGCCGCGAGCUGUGCCCUGAAUGCCGAUGCUGACAUCAUCCGCGUGAAGUUCACCUCCCCUGAACCCAUGAAGCCAUACUACCCUGGCGAUUACAUCACGGUCCAGGUCCCUGGUCUGGGUAACGUCCACCAUCCCUUUACCAUUGCAUCCUACUGGCCUGAGGAUCCCUAUUCCAUCACGCUGUACAUGCGCGUCUUCGGAGAGUCCAAGAUGAGCUGGACCAAGGCCCUUGCCGCGCGCUGUGGAACAGAUGACAAGGGUAUUACCAUCCGCACCAACGUUGACGGCGUGUUCGGCGAUCGUCGCCACGACUACCUAAAGUCUGAGACUAUGGUGAUCUUUGUUGCUGGCGCUGCCAUUACCACUUUCAUGGCCCUUAUCAAGGCUAUCGCCGCCCAGAUCGCUGUCUCGAAUAAUCCACUACGCAUGAAGCUGCAUUUGAUCUGCACCUUCCGAACCCGCAGUGAGUUGCACGCCUACGGAUCAUUCUUGCACCAGAUCACGCGUGACCCUCGCUUCACGUCCUGGCUCCACGUUGAGAUCUACGUCUCGCGUCCCGAUAAGCCUAACACGCUGAUGGGUGCACACGCUCAUGUCAUCAAGAACGAUAUCCAGGUCCCUGGCCAGACUAAGAAGAAGGAUCGCAAGAACUUCUUGCAGCGCACGGGUACAAAACUGAAGCGGGCUCUGUCUGGUCGCACAAUGGUCAAUGUUCCUGCUCCAACCAUGACCGCAGUUGUUGUCAAUGACGAAAAGGCGAAGGCGAUUACCUCACUGGAGGACACCGGCCUUCAGCGAUCCAAUUCUGCCAAUUCUACGACCAUGACCAUCGCAGGCCCAUCGUCUCCUACGUCCCUCUCGAGCGAAGAACCCCUCUCUGACAAGCCCACAAAGUCGAUGACCUACAAGGAACACGCCCUGCCCACUUUCGAGGCUGCAUCUGCGGAUUCUGUCUCAAAGAAACUGGCCCUCUUCGAUCUCUUGACAAGCGCCCUCCUGGCCGCCAUUCCCUUGGCUUUCUAUUACGGCAUGCGCUCUGUCCAUUUUGAGGGUGAUUCGCAAUGGUGUUUGACCGCAAAGGCGAAAGACAAGUGGACCAUCUUUGUCUGCCAAUGGACGUACGCCUUGGUGCCCGGUCUGGUCCACACGGUUGUCAUGCUUGCGCUCGGUUACACUGGUAUUUUUGUUGCCAGAAAGGUACACGUCCGCCACCACAAGCGCGCCAACGGCCAAGAUGUGGAAUCAACCGCCGCAGCUGUUUCCACUGCAGCAGUCCAAGAAGAGAAGCAAUCGGUCACGGACGGAAACUGGGACGAUGGCGAUGUGGUUUACAGCCGUGGACGUAUGGAUGUCCGCAAGGUGAUCAACAGUUUUGUGGACCAAGGUGUGGGUAAGAAGGAGAACGGACAGGGUCUGGCCACGGUCUUUGCGGGUGGUCCCGAGGGGUUCGUUGGUAUGAUUGAACGACAGGUGCAGAAGGCCAGCUGGUCUGUGGAGUUCCAUCGCGAGACAUGGGCACCUUAGAGAGGUUGUACACUACUUAGAUUCAUACCAUUCACCUUGACAGUACAUUUGCCGUCAAAGCAAUAAAAAAUAAUAAAUAGAUAAUACAG